GUAGGGGCAAGGAAGUGAUGGGACCGCAGAGAUGAGACCCCCAGGGAUGAGAUGGGACCCCCCAGGCAGGGCCCAGGGUCCAGGACCCGGGAGAGAGAAGCAGGGAGGGAGAGGGCUUCCUGGUGGAGGAGGCAUCCUACAAUGGGGGCAAGGGUGCUCUGAGGGCCGGUGAAGGCAGGGACUAGGCUGCCCAGGCCCUGCCUGCUUGGCUGGGGCUGGGGGCUGUGGGGAGGUGGCCAGGAGGCUGGACCUGGGCAGCUAAACUGGAGCUUUGGCCAGGGUCCAGAGCCUCCCUCCCUCCAGCUUCCUGCCGUGCAGAGCCCUCGCCCCUGGCCACCCUAGGCUGCUUCCUUGCCCAGGCAGACCCAGCACUGGUUGCUGCCAGGCAGAGGGCUGGAGGGGCCGCCCUCCCAGCUGACUCAGCCUCCUGGGCCGCUUCCUCCAAACCAGCAGGGUGGAAAGAUGGGGCACCCACCAGACUCCCCUAGUGCCCUGGCCGCAGCUGGUACCACAGCUAUACCUGGGCUUAUUCCAGACCUCAUCGCCGGGACCCCCUGGCCCCGCUGGGCUGUCAUUGCAGGCGCCCUUGCCGCGGGCGUCCUCGUCGUCUCCUGCCUCCUCUGUGCUGCCUGCUGCUGCUGCCGCCGCCACAGGAAGAAGCCCAGGGACAAGGAGGCGGUGGGUCUGGGCAGUGCCCGUGGCACCACCACCCCCCACCUGGUGCAGCCUGAUGUGGAUAGCCUGGAGUCCAGUCUGGGGGACGCUCAGCAAUGGGGGCGCCUGCAGCUGUCCCUGGAGUACGACUUUGGAAGCCAGGAGAUCAGGGUGGGCCUGAGGCAGGCAGCCGACCUGAGGCCCGGGGGCACCAUGGACCCCUAUGCGCGGGUCAGCGUCUCCACCCAGUCCGGGCACAGACACGAGACAAAGGUGCACCGAGGCACGCUCUGCCCUGUGUUUGACGAGACCUGCUGCUUCCACAUCCCGCAGGCGGAGCUGCCGGGGACCACCCUGCAGGUGCAGCUUUUCAACUUCAAGCGCUUCUCGGGGCAUGAGCCCCUGGGUGAGCUCCGCCUGCCACUGGGCACCGUGGAUCUACAGCACGUUCUGGAGCACUGGUACCCGCUGGGUCCGCCGGCUGCCACUGAGCCCGAGCAGGUGGGAGAGCUGUGCUUCUCUCUCCGGUACGUGCCCAGCUCAGGCCGGCUGACCGUGGUGGUGCUGGAGGCUCGAGGCCUGCGUCCAGGACUGGCAGGUGAGGGUCACACCUGCCCAUGCUGGUGUACAGAGCGGGCGCUUGUGCUCGGCCCUGAGCCCUGGGAUGCCCCUUUGGCACCUCUUACCCUCCCAGAGCCCUACGUGAAGGUCCAGCUCAUGCUGAACCAGAGGAAGUGGAAGAAGAGAAAGACAGCCACCAGAAAGGGCACGGCUGCCCCCUACUUCAACGAGGCCUUCACCUUCCUGGUGCCCUUCAGUCAGGUCCAGGUGGGUCUCCGGGAGGCAGGGGCAGAGCGGGACCCAGUGCCGGACCACGACGACCACAGUCUUUCUCCUCCAACUCCGACACAUGCCCUGUCUCUGCACAGAAUGUGGACCUGGUGCUGGCCGUCUGGGACCGCGGCCUGCCGCUCCGGGCUGAGCCCGUGGGCAAGGUGCACCUGGGUGCCCGGGCCUCGGGGCAGCCCCUGCAACACUGGGCAGACAUGCUGGCCCACGCCCGGCGGCCCAUUGCCCAGUGGCACCCCCUGCAGCCAGCCAGGGAGGUGGACCGCGUGCUGGCCCUGCAGCCCCGCCUGCGCCUGCACCUGCCCUUGCCCCAUUCCUGAACGCGCCGCGUGCCUCGGUCUCCCCGCUGAGCCCAGGCACUUGCCCAGGCUGCCCUGCAGGACCACUGCAAUAAACGCCUUCUCCUGCCACUGUGUGUGCGGCUGUAGCCUGGAGGGGAUGCAGAAACAGGGCCUGGGUACACGCGCCAGGGCCCGGCUCCACUCACCAGGGCCCCCCACAAUGACAGGGGAGGGGCUCCUCUCCAGAGUCAGCCAGGCCCUGAGGCCUCUGACUGGUCCCUGCUGGACCCUCCAGUAGGGGUGGGAAACCUGCCCACGAGCACCGAUCCCCACCCCCGGGCCACGUGGGAAGACCUGGGAGGUGGGGGCCAGAGAGUCGGGACCACAUGGGAUGGGGCGAGCUAGAGCCAGCCCUGUAGGGACACAGUGGGCAGUGGUGUUUGGGGGCCGGUGAGCGUGGAGGGAGGACCCCCAGCACCUCAGAGACCAGCACUGCAGGGCCUUCCCCGCAUGAGCAGCAGGGGGCAGCAGAUGCCUUCGGAAGUUGCUGGGGCCUUUAGGGGCUCAGUCCUGGCCGGAUGCCCCUCCCAGGCCCCACACAUCUGGGCUGCCUUAGCGGCUGGAGCCUCCACGCUGCUGUUUCCUCUGAUCCUCCUCAUGGGGCUGCGAAGCCGGCAGGGCUGGGGCCAAGAGCCCCCACUCCGAGAGGGUGCCAAGUCA